AUGAAGAUCAUCCUCACAGGUUCAACAGGCUUUAUCGGCCGCGAAGUCUUAUCCCAAUGUCUUGCACAUCCUGCGAUCACCUCGAUCGUAGCGCUCAGCCGACGAGACCUACCAGCACACAAAAAGCUCAAAGUCGCAUUAAUUGAGGAUUUCAUGACCUAUCCUGACUCCAUCCGGGAUGACAUUCGAGAUGCCGAGGCAUGUAUCUGGACACUAGGCAAGGCUCGCAUGCCUGAUAAUUAUAUCGCUCGACGAGUGAGCUUGGACUAUACCCUUGCUGCAGCGCAAGUCUUCCAGGAGACGUGCCAGAAACCGUUCCGGUUCAUAUAUUGUAGCGGUGCUGCCGCUGAGAGGGAUCAGACCAAACCGCUCUGGUUUAUGCAGGAGUAUCGACGCAUUCGGGGCCAAGUCGAGAAUGAGCUUUUAGGAUUUGACAAUGAUCACCCUGGUUUCGAGGCUCAUAUCAUGCGGCCGGCUGUGGUAUUAGCGCAAGGUAUGAGCCUACACAGUCUUGCAUUUAGUCUUGGACCAUCAGUGAAGGUGGAUGAUUUAGCUGGGGCUAUGCUUGAACUGGUUUUAAAGGGUGGAAAGAAGAGUAUAUGGGAGAAUGCUGAUCUCAACCUUGUUAGGUGA